UAUGCAGAUCACGUUUAGUAAACUAUCCACCAUCUUUUACCUCAUCUGCCCCCUGUCCUGUGAAGCUUCAAAGCAUGCAUGAAGAUUUACAUACAUGUAGCCUAGUAAUUUGUUCAAAGUUCGGUCUGUGUUAAAAUUCAAAUUCACAUUUGAUUUGAGUUUCAUGCUGUCUGAGACAGUGUCUAAAUGUAGACUCAUUCCACACAUUGUAACAUUUAGAUUUCACAUUGUUCUCAGACUAUUAUACAGCAAGCCUUUCAUAACAAUUUGUUUUGCCUGUGCUUAUAGAAGUGAAAUGUGUUCAUAUGCAUAAGUGUCGAGUUUUGUUGUGUAAAUCAUUUGCCCAACGUGAUGGUUUCAGUGCCCCUGUGAGAGACCCUUCAGGUCAAGAAACCCCGUUGGUAAGGUUAAAAUGUAAGAGCAGUGAUAACAGGAGGAAAACAAACAACACCGUUGGUAAAAAAUGAUUAGUGUCUGUGUAUUGGCGAUGGCAUAUGCACACAAUGUUAAGAAUGCACCAUGGCGUCUGUCAAGAAGUAAUAUUCACGUUUUGAUCUAUUAAAGAAGUGUUGCUUUAUCGACGAAUGUUUCGUAUUUUAUUGUCCCUGCCGCCAUAUUGGAAAACCCUUCAACCCAGUGACAUCAUAAAGCGUGUUCCUUCCGUCCGAUGCUGUGUGGACCCGAUUCAACUGAAUGUGAACUGCUAGGAGACAAAGCAAUGAAGUAAUCCCCCCGGAUCAAUCAAAUGUGUCGUAUUUAACUGUUUAGUAACUGAAACAUAAGCCACAAUUUCAAGGGACUGCUUUAGACUUUGGACACCUGGUGGGUGCAAUUAAUUAUCAGAUAGAACAGAACCAGCAGGCUUCGGAGCUCGUAGGAUCCUACUAGAAAAGGUGGAAACUUCGGUGCAUUCGAAAAUGGACUACAAGCUUGCUCCUUCUGAUCUGGACAAGCAGACUGAAACGUUGGUGUGAGAAAUGCUCUCACACCCAUGACUCAUUAACUUUUUUUGUCAAGCUGCAUCAGAAUUUGAUUUUCUCGCAGAACUUUGGUCAGCUAACAUGGAUGGAGGGGAAGACCUCUCUCUUAAGAGUGAAGAAGAUGUCGUAGAUUCAGAAACUAAUGGCAUAGAAAACAAGAAAAGAGAGGCGAAAGGAACAUGUCUAAAAAUUGAGGGGCAAGAUGGCUACGUGUUUAAAUCAUACAGCAUUACCCCCCAUGACACUGCAGAUGCAAAGACCUGUCCAUCUAAAACACUGGCUAAAGACUCUUCCCCCGUGGCUUCAAUUCACGAGGAGGAACCAGACAAUUUAUCUAUUUCUCAGGUUGAUGGACAAUUUAAAAUGAAUGGGUCUGUCAAUGAAACAGGUGAGGCAUGUGACAAAGAGAACUCUCUUAGGCCUACUUCUCCAGCCAUUUCAAACAAAAGCCUAAAUCUAAACACUGAAAUCAAGAUAGAAAAUGACACAUCUGAACAUAUUGAGGAAGACGAUCCAAACAGUAUGGAGGAGGGGACCCAAGAGGAUGAAAGGUUAUCAUAUGAUAGUUCUGUCGGCCCCUUUGUUACUAGAGACAAUACAGAUGAUUACAGUAGUAUGCUUAGUGGGUACACAAGCACUCUUUAUGAUGUUGCGAUGGAUGCUGUCACUCAAAGUCUAUUGUCAUCCAUGAGAAGUCCCGCUAAUGCUAAUCCCAGGAAGAAAUCCCCUGCCUGGAACCAUUUCUGCAUAUCUCCACGUGAUAGUACCAAAGCAAUCUGUAUGUACUGUAUGAAAGAGUUCAGUCGAGGUAAGAACGAGAAGGACCUCAGUACAAGUUGUUUAAUGAGGCACGUACGAAGGGCUCACCCCACUGUGCUUUUACAAGAUGGCGACUUCUCCUCAAAUACUCUGACUGCUUCUGCUGCCUCAUCGUUAAUAUCCCCCUCAAAUAACGGAAGCCUGGCAGCUAGCAUUACUACUCCCGCCGCACAAAAUAACUCCUCACCGUCCACCUCUUCAGCAGAGGGCUCUGACAUAUCAUCAUCCAAAGAAGUGUUACCAAAACUUGAACCAAAACUAGAAAAGGGUGCCAAAAACAACACUGGCACAGUCUCAUCCUCACAUUCCAACAACAACCAUGAAGAAGCGAUGGAUGGAGGUGGGUCUGAGCGCCUCGCUGCAACUCCUAAAAACUCAAGUUCUCGUAGAAGAUCAGCUGUGUGGAAGCAUUUCUACCUGUCACCUGCUGACAGUUCCAAAGCAGUAUGCAUACACUGCAUGAAUGAAUUUAGCAGGGGUAAAAAUGGAAAGGACUUGGGCACUAGCUGUCUGAUUCGCCAUAUGUGGAGAGCCCACAGAGAAAUUGUCAUUGAAGAAAAUGGACAGGGCUCGAACAUUCCACCACCAUAUACAAACCCACCAACACUAUUGUCUCGCUCUCAGCUGCAUCAGGACUCAGUAGUGGACAUUAAAAAAGAAUCCCCUUUCGCUCCAUCCUCCCCAGAAACAAUAUCUGGCGAAAUGCCCCAUAACGAAGAUGAAAGCAUGGAUGUGAAGGAGGAGUCUGAUGACACAAUAAACCAAUCAGAACAGGAUUCCUCCCUCAAUCUCUGCUUUGGACUUMRAGAUGAGGAUGUUCCUUUACCUYCCUCACYGUGYGAUCURUCYCUAGAGGGCUCAGGCCUGAAAGAGGAUCCGGCGAGUUCAAUYUUCCAACAAAAYAAAAAAAUCAUGAAACGKGUGAAAUCCGAAGUGUGGCACCAUUUCAUYGUCUCUCCAGKGGAUCAGCUUAAAGCCCUCUGYCGAUACUGCCCCUGUGUCAUCAGCCGGGGGAAACGGGGMGACUUCGGAACCAGCUGUUUGAUGAGGCAUCUAAUGAGAAGGCACCCUGAUGUMCUCAAAAACCAAAAAAGCACAAAYGAUAAGGACUCCUCACCUCWUCCCUACGCUAYUCUCUCUGCUGCUGAGGCUGUUCCAGCCAAACUGWCYAACAGCCCUGCCAAAGAGAAAARGCCACAYAACUCUGUGUUCAGUAAAAAGACAUCAAAGUUGUGGAAUCAUUUUUCUAUUUCCCCUUCYGAUCCCACUAAGGUGGUUUGUUUGCACUGUAGCCGCACAAUAAGUCGGGGCAAAAAGACGACAAACCUCGGAACUAGUUGUUUAUUCAGGCACAUGCAGAGAUUUCAUGGAAAUGUUCUUGAAAGUAACAGUACUAUCUCAGGUGAUGUGCCGUCUGCUGAAAUUCACGUUAAACACGAACUCAUGGACACUUCUGUGUAUGACGAAAACUGUGAAAGAUUUGAUGACUACCAUCCGGUUGCCAAAAAAAUCACCACACUCGUUGCCGAAAUGCUUGCACUGGAUCUUCAGCCAUCAGCCCUAGUGGAGAACACUGGUUUGAACCGAUUACUGGAGUACCUUCAACCUCAAUAUUCUCUACCCUCCUCUUCAUAUUUCACCAGCAUUGCCAUACCAGACAUGUAUGAGAGGGUGAAGGAGGUUGUUCUCACACACCUGAAAGAGGCUGAGAGUGGUAUCGUCCAUUUCACAACAAGCAUCUGGGUCACUAGCCAGACUCGGGAAUUUCUGACUCUUACCGCCCACUGGGUUUCAUAUGAAUCAUGUGUUAGACCUCAGGGCGAGGACUUUCACUGCUCUGCUCUCCUCAGUGUGUCACAGAUAGACUGUGACCAUGACAUGCUCAAUAUACAGAAGCAGCUCGAAUACUUCUGGGACACCUGGAUCAGCUCCUUAGGACUGAAGAAAGGAUUUACUGUAACCGACAACAAUGCCAUUGCAAACGUCCUGGAGGACAACAACCAUGUCAUCGUGCAGUGCUUUGGACACACCAUAGACCUAAUUGUGAGCGAAGCCAUAAAGAGUCAGAGGAUGGUUCAGAACCUUCUAAGCAUCGCUCGGAAGAUCUGUGAGCGAGUGUAUCGCUCAGACAAAGCAAAGGAAAAGUUGGCCGAACUGCAGAAGGUUUACCAGUUACCUGAAAAUUGCCUCAUCCAGGACGUUCCCUCAAAAUGGAGGACAUCCUUCUUCAUGCUUGAACGUCUGGUGGAACAAAAGAAAGCGGUCGACGAGAUGUCGAUAGAGUGCAACUUCAGGGAAAUGAUCAGUUGCGACCAAUGGGAAGUGAUGCAGUCGGUGUGCAAUGCGUUGAAGCCCUUCGAAGUGGCCUGCAGGGAGAUGAGCAAUCGCACUGCCAGUCUGGGUCAAGUCAUACCACUGAUACACAUUCUCAACCGAAAGAUAGACAUGCUCUUCGAUGAGACGAUGGGCAUCGACAACAUGCUCAAGUCUCUGAAGGAAGCGAUGGUGAGUAGGAUGUCAUCAACCCUACGCAACCCCAGGUACACUUGGGCGACAAUGUUGGACCCGCGGUACAAGGCUUCCUUGUUCACGGAGGAAGAGGCGGAGCAAUGCAAACAAGACCUCAUCAGUGAACUUCAGGUGUCCCUUUCUACCUCAAUUGAGACAAAGCCUUCACUAUCCAACGGAUGUGGUGGAGAGCUCCCAGCGUCAUCAAAUGGCUCUCCCUCAAACAACAAGGACAACCUCUGGGCACUCAUGGAUGACAUCAGACACAAGAUAAAACAGGAGGACAAGCCAAAAUCAUCUGAGCUGGCAGUGCUGGAAUACUUGGAGGAGGACAUACUUGAUCAAAGCUGUGAUCCACUGGACUAUUGGAACCUGAAGAAGUUACUGUGGCCUGACCUUGCCAAAGUCGCUGUCCGCUACGUGGGCUGCCCUCCCAGCAUUGUCCCAGCAGAGAUUCUGUUCAGCACAGCCAGUGUGAACUGCACUCUGAAUCAGCCCAUGCCAUUACUAGAAAACAUGGAGGGGCUUCUCUUUCUAAAGGUCAACCUACCGUUAAUUUAUUAUCAGCACUGAUUAAAACCAUUGCUUAUGAGGAGCUCCUUAUCAAGGUCCAAUUCAUAGAACUGUGAAAUGACCCUUUUGGAUUCAGGGGUAACUAAAGGAGAAUAGAUAUACCGAGGUUCAUUUUCAAAACAUGAGUGCAUUUGGAAUUGUUAAUUGCAUUUUUGUGUACUACUGUUGAAACACUUUAGAAUUUGCAUCAGUCAGCAACUCAGUGACGUGUCAGGGAGGGAGGGGUGUAUUUAGCAGUAGGGGUUGUGAAUAUUUGUUCCUGUCUUUUUUUUUUAUGUCAAAGUUGUCUUCUCUCUCCUUGUGCCUUAUCCAAAACUAAUUCAGGUCAAAUGCUGUAAAUACUUGUGCAAAUCAAGUCUUUCAAUUUACAUGGCUUAAUUUUAGAAACAAUGCUGGGUGUUUUUUCUAAAUGAACACAUGGCCCAAAAAUAAAUGCUGUGACUGAAAGAUGUUAAGUUUUGUUAUUUAAUUAUUUCAUUGUGAAUUUGUGGCUCAUGGUACUGUUGAUUUAGAAAUUGCUUUAACUUGCUGAAAUAGUUAAUAUUAUGCAAGAUGUUGUUUGAAGCAAUUUAUUUGAAAAUGUCUAGCACAAUUUUAAGCUUAUUUAAGGGAUUAAAUUAUGGGUUGUCAAGUAAUGUACAUAUGUAUAAAUAAUGAUUUCUGAACUUAAUUUGAUAAACGUGGAAGCAUUCAGACUGGAACCAUGCAAAUUGUCGUCAUUUGUAAAUAAAGGUUUCUUAUGUAA